AUGCAUGUCGCAUCUCAGGGAUUGAUCAACUCUUGGAGCUUUAUCCUUUAUCCUUUAUCCUUUGUCCUCUGUCCUUUAUCUGUGUGGUUUGAGCGCUUAUGGAAAUCUUGGUUGGCUGCAAAUGCCCUCAUUUUCAGGCUUUCACUUGCUUGCUUUGAGGUUUUUCUGGAAUUUUGUGUUCUCGAGCCUGAACUCAUAUUGAAUAUGGCUGGUACUGAUUGGAUGGUUCGUGUGUUAAUGGGUGCCAGUGUGACAAGUCGAGGCGUCGCGUCUGUUGUGGCUCACAUUUUGGUUUCCUGGCUUGAUCGACAAAGUUUGCGUGAGAAAGGAAAACUGCAUCUAGUUUUGGAGGUAUUGAUAAAUACUUUGAGACUUGCAAAUUUUUGCGCCUUUGAUCGAGCCGCAAUGCAUAACUUUUCACACUCCUUUUUAUGUAUUCUUCGGUCAUGGGCUGGUCUAUUUUCCUGUGCUGCAAUUGGACCAAAUUCUACAGUUAUUCCAUCUUCACCUUUUAGAUUACUGGAAUACCUUGGUUUGGGUACCGUCGAUGAUUCGAACAUAUCGCGUAUUCGGGAUAUGAUUGUUGAUAUUUGCUGUGACUUCAUGGAUGUGCCUUAUGCUUCUAUGGUUUUUGAGAGCUGGCCUAAAUCCGUUAUCAUUGUCGAAUCGCUGGAGUUUCAGUCUCUGGCUCGUCUAAUCGUAUCACAACCAGACUCUGCUAGUGGAUUGAAAGCGACACUUUUUUUGUCCGACAUCUUACGAAUGGCUACCGCAGUGAUGCCGUCGGGUUGGCGAUCUGCGAUGAACUCUAUGCCUACUCUUGUUCAAUCAGCAUGUGAAACACUAGCACAAAGCAAGGCCGCUGCUGCUAUACAUGGUUACUAUGAUCCCAAUUACGCUGAUCGCUUCACCUUUCUGAAUUCUGAGAACGCUGCUAUGGUUCUUUAUCGUUUUGAUACAUUAAACAAGAUCUGGAUUGCGAAUGAGUGCGCGGAACCGGCAGCCGAUUCGAUUUAUUCUCUCUUCUUGCGCCCACCGAAAUUAUUUUCUUCCCCUCUUCGAGCUUUUUGUGGUGAGGUAAUUGACGUGACAGCAGUGUCGGAUGCUUUAACUUUUAGAAGCAAAGAGACAAAGUGGAUCUUAUGCCGGUUGGUCCAGGCUUUUCGCGAGCCAAAAGCGACCUAUGCUUUCCUGAGACGCAAAUGGAUCCAGAGGAAAUACUCCUUGUUCCUGCUGCGCCGACUUGACGUUAACUUCUGUGUUUACGAAUGCGUUUCAUGCCCGUUCGUGUGA